GGACUCACAUCGCCAAGAAGCCAGCCUCGCCGGAUUCACCUUCUUUAUUCGAGGACACGGCGGUCUCUAACCAUGGGCUCCAUAGUGGCGAAGCUGCUUCUACCAACCAUCAGCAGCCUGGCUCUCCUGCCAACCAUCAGCAUAGCGGCCAAAAGGAAGUUUCACAUGGAAGCCAUGGUUUAUUUUUUCACCAUGUUCUUCAUUGCGAUCUACCAUGCCUGUGAAGGUCCAGGACUGUCCGUGUUAUGUUUCAUGAGAUACGACCUUCUGGAAUACUUCAGUAUCUACGGGACUGCGCUCUCCAUGUGGGUGUCGUUGUUAGCUCUGGGAGAUUUUGAUGAACCUAAGAGGUCCACUUUGGUCAUGUUUGGCGUUCUCACCAUCGCCGUGAGGAUAUAUCAGGAUCGUUGGGGUUACGGUGUAUAUUCGGGUCCUAUCGGAACAGCCGUUCUAAUGAUUACUGUGAAAUGGCUUACGAAGAUGAAAGAGAAGAAAGGCCUCUACCCGGAAAAAAGUGUUUACACCCAACAGAUCGGUCCAGGGUUCUGCUUCGGAGCUUUAGCCUUAAUGUUACGUUUUUUCUUUGAGGAAUGGGAUUAUACCUACGUGCACAGCUUCUACCAUUGUUCGCUGGCCAUGUCCUUUGUCCUCCUGCUCCCCAAGGUCAACAAAAAGGCAGGGAAUGGAGGGAACCCGGCCAAAAUAGACUGGUCAACUCUAGGCUGCUGCGUGUAACGGGGGAUUCCAGACAGUCAACGGCAAGCGGAACCUGGAACCUCCCAUUCCAUAUCCCGAUGAUUCCAGAACACAUGACCUAGAACCGGCUGUUUGCAUCCCAUAGAUAAAUCAGCUAGUUCCUUAUGUUCCUUGUGUGUUUCCUUACAAUCUCUUUACCCCCCGAGCCUGCGGGUUCUAGAACUUUGGCUGCCUAUUGCCACUUUAUACAUAGGUUUGCAGAAAAAAGACGCUAAAUGGGAGCUGCCUUAUGCCUGACCCAGAGAAUUGCCCCCCAAGCCACCCCUCCAUGAUGGCUGUGCUUGCUGCGGAAAGCCAUGAUAUGAUGUCAUAUCCGGGCAUUCCGUGAAUUAAAGACGCACGGCUCGGCAUGGCCUCCAUAGUGUUAAUGGUGGAGGAGAUCGGAGAGCUCCCUUGUAACUGGCACGUUGAGCAGCGGCACACCAGGCAGCCUGGUCCCCCAGGACUGCAAUCUGCCCCCUAGUGUUAAGGCGGUGGGAUUGCCGCCUCCUUGGACCUGCUUUAUGAUGUAUUUAUGAUGUAACUUAUUUGUUUCUAUUUGCGUAGAAGACGUGCA